AUGCACCCCACUGCAAAGAUCCCACAGGGUAGAAGCAAGGGGAAGCAGAGUCAGAAUGACUACCUCAGGCAAUGGCUGCCAAGGCAGAAAUCAUAUCUGCAUCACCUCCUGGAUCGAGAAGCUCCACCAGAAGAUAGGAGAUGCGUCGUCUGCGACCAGGAUGGGGUCUACAAAUGUCAAGAUUGUCUUGGGGAGCCACUCUAUUGCACUGGCUGUUGCAGAAGUCAACAUCUUUGCAAUCCCUUCCAUUGGAUCAGUCAAUGGAAUGGUCAAUUCUUUGAGCAAAGUUGUCUCGCUCACGUCGGACUCGUCAUACACCUCGGUCAUGAGGGCAAAACAAUGUCCGAAGACGAACCGGAAGACCAGCUUGAGCCUGAAGAUCUACCAUCUGUGUCGGGACCCCGAUCCGGAGUUCAUCGCCUCCGGGUUCGAUGCUGCGAUUGUCCAAAUGCCAUGAGUCCAGACCUUCAAAUGUUUCGACAUGGAUUUUUCCCCGCUUCAUUUAACAAGCCGAAGACUUUAUUCACCUUCAGGGUUCUCGAUGAUUUUCUACUGGACAACCUUGAAUGUGGGACCUCGGCGAUGAACUAUUACAGCAAGCUCCGGCGAAUGACCUCGAGGAUGUUUCCACACCUUGUACCGGACCGAUACCGAGAGCUCAUGAGAGUCGCCCGACAGUGGAGGCAGUUGAAGACGAUGAAAUGGCAUGGCUUCGGCCAUUGUUCCGACAGCCCGAAUGCAGGAGAUCUCGCAUUAUUUUGCCCGGCAUGUCCUCAGCCUGGGAUUAAUGUGUGGAAAUACACCCGGUCAUUUGUUAUGGAUGGAAAUUUCAAAGCUGAACACCUGCAUCCCAUGAAGCCAUUUGAUGAAGUUUGGCUGUCGGAUGGGUUGGGAUUCAUGGUGGGAAAGGACAGGUAUAACACGCAUCUUGCAGAGGCUGCCGACACUUUAGAAAAAUCAAGCUGCAACAAUCACCGGGCAGUAAAUCAAGCAAAUGCGGCUCGGCACAAGCUGGAAUCCACGGGCAUCGGGGGAGUAGCCUGUGCGAGACACGGUUGCUUUGUUCCUCACUCGAUGGUAGAUUUUCAGAAAGGCGAAAGACAAAUGAACAUGGACUAUGCCCUUUGUGAGGCUGCCCGGCACAACAUGGAAGGCAUCACCAGGGCGGUCACCUUCUAUGAUAUCAACUGUCAAUACAACAAGCACUUUCGGGUUCGGGUGGAUCGAAGCCGAUUUCUCGAAAUGGUUCCGGAAUUGACCAUCAUUCCCGGAAUCGGGUUGUGGCACAUCCACGGACAUCAGGACAGCUGCUAUGUCCGAUAUGCGUCGAAUUUUAUCGAAGGCAUCGGUCGGAUUGAUGGAGAGAUCAUGGAGACCCUAUGGUCACGUCUCAACCUGAUUUCCCCUGCUGCUCGGGGAAUGUCAUCCCCGCAUCGAAAGGAAUGUCUCGAUUAUCAGAUGAAUGAUUCCAAUUUCUGCAAGAUGAUCCGCAUGAAAAGGACCCUUUGCCGAAAAUACAAGCAGGCGAAGAAUGGCAUUGCCGAAAGUGAAAAGGCUUUCGACAUACUCAAUGAAGCAGCACCCGGCGAUUCAAAGACAGAGUGGCUAGCCAGCGAGAGGAUCGCUCAGUCCAGCAGAAUAAAUAAUCCUGCGGCUAUGGAUGUAUAUGAGAUUAAUAUCAAGAAGGCACCGAGCAAAAAGGAGAUCGAGCUUAGGCUACUAGAGGAGGGUAAUGCCCGAAAUGCAGCACCUGCUCGCAGGUCUGUGGCGACAUGGAUAUCAAUGGGGUUGGCAAUUGAAGAGGCUCAAAUUGCAUUGCUCAUCGAGGUCCGAAGGAUUGGUAGAAGAACUACUGAGACACAGAAGUUAGACAUCGCCCGGCAACGCGAUCGUCUCCAAGGCCAGAUAGAUGGAUUCACUCGGUCUGCUAUUACGCAUCUCGGAGAGGGAUUUGAUGCAGAUGAUGAUCCUGAAGACUUGAACUUGGACAUUCUUGAUGAUCUCGAUGAUGACUUGGCAGACUUCACCGAGACAUCUGACACAUGGGCAAACUCCCCUGAGCUCACUGUAAUCCCAUUGCCAUCAAACCUCGGGAUGUCUCUUCGUGAAGGGCAGGCCAAUGACUCCCUUCACAACCUCCGAAUUCACUUGUGCAACAAGGCGAUUCUGUUUCGAACAACAGUUAGGCAAGCCAAAUCCCAGGCCCUGAAAACUCGAGCUUGGUCCCAGGUGACGUCGGUGCAGCAGGCGGUGUCCCUCCAUGCCAGUAUAUAUACGAAGACGAGGAAGCAAAUGAUGCAACUGGAGCCAGGGCAAGACCAGGUUCAGAAAUACAAACCCCUGCUUCGAGAGCAGCUCAAAAUCAGCACUGCCGUCGGCGAUCCAAAUGCCCGAGGUCAGCGAAACGAGUCCCUCGCUUGGUUCUGGUCAGUCGAAGUCGACCUUGGGGGUCCCAAUCACUCGUGGAAUGAGGAAUUUUACCGAGUUCAUUGGCUCCGGGCAAAGGCACUACGGGAUCGAUGGAAGGAAGAAAUGAUGUUGGUCCAAUUGGAGAUGGAUUGGACAUGUAACUUUUUCUUGAUGCGGGAAUCAUUGGUGAAACACCUUCCGGGUCAUGCAUGCUACUCGGGAAGGCAAUCCCAAAUGUAUUCAUUGCUGGCACAGGAUGCCCAGGCAGCAUUUCAAGACCUGAAGACCGGGUUUAUAGAUGCUCGAGAUGAAUGA